GUGCCACUGUUUUCACUCGUGUCGAUUCAUUUCCAUCCCCGCAUCGUGGCCCCGUGUGCUCCGCCGCUCCAGCUGCGUGCGUCAUCCCGUCGCUGGUCCGGGUCAGACGAUCGAAUCCGCGCCGCACAAUCGUUCGCCCAAUCCCAUGGAAUGUAUUGACCGACUCAAGGGCUACCUCCGAAAUGUGAAUGAGGCACGGGAGGACGUGGAGGUCAAGGCUGCCUUCCCCUGGGCUCCAGAAAAGGCCUCUGGAAGGUUCAUGGUCACUGCAAGGCAACCGGAUUGGUCUAAAGAGUAAUGAUCCACCGAAGCACCGAGCGUAAACCGAGAUGAAGAGGAUCCUGAAGUAGCUUUUGGACUUUUAAACUGCUCCAAAGGCCCCGUUGAGGGUCCACAUCUAGUUUCAAUCUAUACGAUUUGAAAUGACGCAUGCGGUUUCCCGUUGAAUGGAAUUACAACAUACAAACUGAUUUAGAAAAAAAGCACAACAGGAAUGAUCGGUUCUGAAUACAAAGCGUUGCAUCUAAAGCAGCUCCUAGGGGCCAUAUUCUGAAGUGAGUACCUGUCGGAGAGAAACAGGGCGUCCGCUAUGGGCUCAGUUCAUUUUCACUCCAUAGCGGCUUAAUCAAACCGCGAAAAAUGUCUGUGGACGGUGAAGCAAAUCUCAGAUUAAAUAGAGCUUUUCCCUGUGGUUAUGUUGAAAUGGUGCAGCAGUAGGACACAUCUGUAUAAAACAUUGCAUGACAAGUUGCAACUAUGUAAAAAUAAAACAUAACCAACACAUAACUUUGGCCACAUUACGAGCUGCGUCAUGUUUCACAUGCUGUGCGAUGUCAUUUUUAAGGGAGAAAGCAACACGUUGAUUUCCCACAUCUUUUCUGUUUGUACCAACUCACAAAAAUGAAUUCCAGUUACUUUGUACAACGCCCGAUGAUUUGUCCCAUAUUGUUUUCCCUCUAAAGCUCUUAUCCUAACAUCCUCUUUAAUGAGCUCGAGCGUCCUGUACAACACUUUCCGUACUGCCUGCGUACUCAAGCUGAACCAUUAACGUUCCAAAGUACGAACUAAACCUCUAAAUCUCAUAGUCUCCAGGUGUUUGUUGCCUGUGCUUGAUGGUUUAAGAAUUGUCAUAUUUAUCUUAAUGCAGUGUACAAUUUAAUCCAUAUAUUUAGACUCUGUUUUUCAUUUUGAGGUGUGACAGCUUUAUUGUUUAACGCAGCUCACUGAAAAACUUGAAUCGGAAUCAACUUCCCUACAUUUUCAAAAUCACAUUUUAGUAUAAAAGCCUGAAUAUGAGACAUCCAUCCACAGGCCCAGACAGUUUAUCUUUCAUAUCAUGCAAAACACAUGAAGCCAAUCUGCAUUAAUCACUUCUCUCAUCUUCCGUUUCUGUGUCCUCCCUCCCAGUUCAGUUGGUGUUUCUACGGUGGUGUUGCUGUAAAUCUGACUGUGUUUGACAGAGAGCUGAGACCAGAGGAGCUCGACGAGCUCCGUGAGGCAUUUGUGGAGUUUGACAGGAACAAAAAAGGCUACAUCAGUCACAGAGACCUGGGGGAGUGCAUGAGGACCAUGGGAUACAUGCCCACGGAGAUGGAGCUCAUCGAGCUGAGCCAGCAGAUCUGUGGAGGCAAAUUGGACUUUGAGGACUUUGUGGAGCUGAUGGGACCGAAGAUGCUGGCAGAGACUGCCGACAUGAUUGGAGUCAAAGAACUACGAGAUGCUUUUAAAGAGUUCGACUCUAAUGGCGACGGUCAGAUCAGUUUGACUGAGCUCCGUGAGGCCAUGAAGAAGCUGAUGGGAGAACAAGUGACCAACAGAGAGAUCAACGAGAUCCUCCGAGACGUCGACCUCAACGGAGACGGCCUGGUGGACUUCGAAGAGUUUGUGCGAAUGAUGUCACGCUGACCUGCCCGGCUAUACAAGUUGAGAUGGACCAACAAACAUUAUGCAACUACUGGAUAAGAGGCCGCACUGAAAGAAAUGGAUACUUUUGUAUCAAAAUACAACUAACAUGAAUAAAUACAUCUGAAGUCCAUGUGCAAUGAAAUUAUAAAGCUCUUUAACAGCAAUUUAGGUGCAAUAGUUUAAAACAUAUCAAACGCUUCAUAGACAAUAUUUAUGACUGUUUUUAGUUAGUUCGUUUUUAGUGUUUUUCCAUUUUGAUGUUUGAACGUGUGAAAUCUUGAUUGCACAACUGUUAAAUCCUUCUUUUUUUAAUUAAAAACAAAUAUAGACACACUGGA